AAGGUCCUGCUCUCAGCAAGUGGCAUGGCAACAACAGCGCUGUCCAACACUGCACGAUUUCUACUCAAGAAAAUUAUGGUGUGCUGAUAUAUUGUGAUUAAACCCCGAUUUCUGUCGUCCAAAAGUGCCCAUCCGCAUCGCAGGAAUUUCAACUCAUUUAAAAACCGCUAGAAGAGUUACAAAAAUGCAACCUUCCCCGCUGCACUAUUCGACCAUGCGGCCGCAGGCGCCCGGAUCGCUGGUCGAUCCCAACGAAGACGAGCUGCGCCUGGCACCCUGGUACUGGGGCCGGAUAUCCCGGGAGGUGGCCAAGAGUAUCCUGCACGGAAAGCCUGACGGCAGCUUCCUGGUGCGUGACGCGCUCUCCAAAAAGGGCGAGUACACAUUGACCCUGAUGAAGGACGGCAGCGAGAAGCUGAUCAAGAUCUGCCACAUGGAGCGCAAGUACGGGUUCAUCGAAAAAAAUCUAUUCAACUCGGUGGUGGAGAUGAUCAACUACUACAAGGAGAACUCUCUAAGCAUGUAUAACAAGGCGCUGGACAUAACGUUGAGCAAUCCCAUUGUGCGAACCUGCGAGGACGAUGAGUCCCAGCCGCACGGGGAUCUCUGUCUGCUGAGCAACGACUUUAUUCGUACCUGCCAGCUGCUCCAGAACCUUGAGCAGAAUCUCGAGCAGAAGCGAAACUCCUUCAAUGCGAUUCGGGAGGAGUUGCAGGAGAAAAAGAUGCACCAGAGUGUCUUUGGCAAUGCGGAAACGAUAUUCCGCAAUCAAAUCAAGCUCAAUGAAUCCUUUAUGAAGGUCCCGGCCGUCGGCCCGUCAACUGAGGCGGGAGGUCCCGGAGAUGCAAGCCCCGGGUCCGCAUCCGCUGCGGCCAAUGCCAACACCCGUCGGAGUCUGCAGGAGAACAAACAGAGCCUCCUCAACCUGCUCGAAGUGCUUCAGGCCAAGGGACAGGUCCUAAACCAGUACAUGGAAAACAAAAAGAAGGAGGAACUGCUGCUUGAGCGACAGAUCAACGCCCUUAAGCCGGAACUCCAGGUAUUGCAGUUGCGGAAGGACAAGUACAUUGAGCGUCUGAAAGGCUUCAACCUCAAGGACGACGAUCUAAAGACGAUCCUCGAAAUGGGCUUCGACAAGUGGUUGCAGCACUACGAGACAGUGUCAAAUCAGCCCCACAGCAACGAAUCCCUUUGGCUGCUGAAGGAUGCCAAGCGCCGAGAUGCGGAGGACCUUCUGAUAGGAUCGCCACCGGGCACUUUCCUGAUUCGGGCGAGAGAUGCGGGUCACUAUGCUCUGUCGAUUGCCUGCAAGAGCACUGUGCAACAUUGUAUUAUUUACGAGACGGAGAGCGGUUUUGGAUUUGCCGCCCCCUACAACAUAUAUCCAUCGCUAAAGAAGCUGGUGGAGCACUAUGCCAACAAUUCGCUGGAGGAGCACAACGACACGUUGACCACAACGUUGCGCUGGCCCGUUUUGUUCUGGAAGCAAAAUCCACAGCAGAUCUUGGCCCAGUUGCAAGAGGAGAUGGACCUGGAGUACGAGCAGGCGGCCACGCUAAGGCGGCCAAUGAUGGCCAGUAGUGUUCCGAUUCCAACGAGUCGGUCCCGGGAUCACGAUCAGGUGGACGGAUUGGGGGGCCAUGAAACGGAGACUCCUCCCGCCUCCAUUUCACCCUCAAGUUUCAGCACUUCGCAGUAGGAGCCGCGCAUCUAUUGUCCCGUUGAACACGCCCCCAACCUCAGGCUAGCUAUCUAUUUCUCUAAAUCUAGUUUGCUCCAAAGCCCUAACUCUCUCUAUCUCUAGAUAUAAACCCGGUUGCGGUCUAAAUAAUAGCAUUGCAGGCUCUGUUGAAAGCCUAAGUCUUUCUUAAGAAUGCCUUACAAGUCACACAAUUUCAUUUUAGGUUCAAAGUUAAAUCAUUAAGCAAGCAGCUUUCUUUUCGAAAGAAUCGCUUAGCAAGGGCUGUUUUCGAUUACUUUAACAUGUAUUCAAAUUAGUUGUUUAAUAAGCCCAACUGCCAAGAUAAUAUUUUCAACUGAAAAAACGUUCCCUGUCACAACAUUAUCUUCUUACCUUAGAUGUUUCAGCUCUUAGAGUUUCGAUAUUAAUUAAUGAGAGUUCAAAGAAAACCGAAUUACUAGUAAGAGUUACUGUUGCAGUGCUAUUAUUUCGGCCAUUAUCGAGUAUGUACAUCGCCAUAUAUAGGCUACAUAUGCUAUAUAUCUAUGAAUAUUUUUUGUGUGUGAUGGAUGGCGCUGGCAGUCCAACUGUCCCCCGCCUUCCCCUCAGAAUCAGAAGGCUAUAAAAACAGAAAAAAGAAACACAACCGAGUAAAAAUUUGUGGUGAUUAUGUUUUAAUGGCUUGCUAGAAGCUUUUGGUCGAUGAACGAAAAUUUCUAAUUGAGCAAGUAAUCUUAGUAAUAUUACAAGUAUGAUUAAUUUUAUAUACAUACUUAUAUACAUAUAUAUUUUUUGUAAUACUGCAUUUCGCGUGAUAAUUGAUAAGUCAAGCUAUCUGUUGUUGUAUCAGCUCCCUCUCCUGUUUCCCUUAUAAUUAUUGUUAUCACGCUGCGCGUUGUCACAAGGGGCGGGGAAGGAUCGUGAAGAAAUUUUCUGCAUUUCUUCAGCGCAUUUAUUCGUGUUCAUGUAAAUAUUCUAAAAGCGAAACAAAGGAGCAGCCGCUGGCGAAACGUUUGCGAAAUCAGGUUAAGGUUUUGAUAACCGACACCCGCAACCACCUUGCGCCCCACCCCUUGCUCUAAUAUUUGUUGUUAUAUUAUGAUUGAUUCGAAGUAGUUCUAAGUGAAAUCUACGUACGUUUACUGCAUGUGAUCAGUUGAGUGUUGCUAAAAUAGUAAUUUCCCUUAAAUUGUUUUUUUGUUUGGUCAAUAAGAAAGCUUUAACUUUCAUAAAAACAACCACACGUAACACAUAAACACUGAGUUGAAACAAAGAAAAUAUGUACAAAGAACAAAAAUUAAUUCAAGAGAACUUCACACACAAAUACAAAAAAAAACAGCAACAAGCUAAACAAAAACAAAGUGCAAUCGAAAAUGUAAUAAUUAAAUUUUUAAUAUUUAUUAAUUUAUACAAGGAAAGAAACAGGAAAAAAGACAAAUAGUUGCCCAUACAAUAAACCGCUGCAAUAGGCAAAAACGCUGAUUAAGUUUUCAUUUUACUCAACUGAUAUUUAGCAUUUAAAUAGGAAUGCAAGUUUACCCACCUGUUAGGCGUUUUUUUUUAAAUAUUCUUUCCUUAUGAAAUUAUAUUUCAUUAACUACAAUAAACCUCGUUUUUUAUAUUUUUGCCUAAAAUUACAGCUGCAAAAUAAUUACUGCGAAUUUUUUGUUUAACGUUAAAAUUGUUUUUGGGAAUGGGUAUUUUUUUGAUUUCCCUUGUUCUCUUGUGCCACUCUAAUGAUCUAAGCCAGUUGAAAACCUUUCAAGCUUCCUGUUUGCAUUCUCCUUAAAUCGGUAUUGAAUUCGAGCGAUCCACUAACAAGCACACACAAACCCUGGGGCGUUUUUCAGAUAUUUCUAUAUAUAUAUAAUCAUUAGUUUAUACUUUACGUGUAAUUCUUAAUUUAAUUUAUUUAAAUUGUAACUUGUGUGUUUCAUUUUGCUUAAAUUCUAUGAGAUUUUGGCGGAUCUCGUACGUUGUAGUAUUUAUAAGUUUUAAUUUUAGUUUGUAAAAUGCGUUUCAAACAAAAAAUAACACACAAAAAAUAAUAAAAACGAAAACAAAACAAAAAUAAGAACAAAAAGAGAGCAAGUAGCAGAGGAGGAUUAAAUGUAUUCAAAAUAUGAUUGAUCGACAUCAUCAACUAUGAUUGAAAACUGAUAGAAGAUGACUUUUUGCCAUACCUAAAUGUUAAAAGGAAAUAUUUGUGUGUGAAAUUUUCUAUCUCUGCUUCGCGUCUGCAUUAUUGGCGUAGAUCGGAACAAGAAGACUUAAAAAUUAAAACAAUGGAAGGCGACGAAACUAAAUGUGAAACGAAUUGCAAAUUUGUUGUAUUUUUUUAUAUGAAUAUAUUUAUGUAUAUAUAUAUAAAUAUAUAUAUAGAUAUUUACCCACACAUACCUAUUAAAUAUGUAUGCUCUAGAAUGCUAUAUGUUGUAGAUCUUUAAGUGCUAACAGUAACCACAACUGAAACAACAGCAACAACCAUUUUUUGUAGUAGUUUUUUAAAGAGAUGAAAGAAAUCGAAGAAAACAUUGUACGUAUUUGUAUUUGUGUCUAAGAAAAAUGUUCGUAAAUAACAUAAACGAGAAAAAACCAUAAUAAAAUCGAAAGAAAAGCAACAUCUACAAAAAG